UGUCUUUGACACAUGUACUUUUGAAAAAGGUCUUGUGGGUUUAAUGAUAGGUAAAGCUGUUCUUUGUUUUACUGCUAAUGGCUAUACUAUUUCUCCGAGAACUAUUUCUAUGUGAGAGAAAGGAGGAGUCUUUUAUAAAUGAUUUGUUUUUUUCUGUUUCAGACCACAUACUUCUGUGUAGCUCUGUGCUCAUAGGUGCUAAAUCGAAGCAAAUGCAUGCCUUAGUAUUGCAGCAGUACUGCAGACUUUUGUAUUCACCCUCCUCGGGAGCACACAUCUUUUUAAAAAGCUUACUUCUUCAAGAAUUAAUAAAAUUGAUUGUAAAAUAUGACUCAGAAGUCGUGGAUUGAAGCAGUUUUCUGUAAGCGCGAAUGUGGAAAAAUUAUAACCAGUUCAAGAGAUUCUCACAGAUGUCUUCCAGGAUGCCAGAUUUGCCAGAACCUGGUGCGAUGUGGCUGUGGUCGACCGGUUGGGGACCACUCUGGCUUGGACAGAAAAUUGCCAAUCUAUUUAUCAGCUUGUGAUGAUGUGAAGGAGGACUGGUGUGUUGAGAGUCACACAGUUGCGAGCCCAACGGAUGCCUUUGGUACCUUAGAUUUCCAGGAUGGUGCUUAUUCCUAUCGAGCUAAGUAUAUCAGAGUCUCAUAUGAUACAGAACUGCAUCAGUUGCUCCAUCUGAUGUUGAAAGAAUGGCUGAUGGAACUCCCAAAACUGCUGAUAUCUGUCCAUGGAGGUAGUCAGAACUUUAAACUUCCUUCAAAAGUCAAACAACUCUUUGGCAAGGGACUUAUCAAAGCAGCAGAGACCACAGGAGCCUGGAUUGUUACCGAGGGCAUCAACACCGGGACUUCCAAACAUGUUGGUGAUGCCGUACGAGAUCAUACUUCUCCAUAUUUACGGAAGAUCUGUAUAUUAGGAAUUACUCCUUGGGGAGUCAUUGAAAACCACAGAGAUUUGAUAGGAAAAGAUGUGGUAUGUCCCUAUCAAAUGCUUGGCAAUCCUUUGAGCAAGUUGACCAGUUUAAAUAGCAAGCAUUCACAUUUCAUCCUGGUAGAUGAUGGGACCAUUGGGAAGUAUGGCAAUGAAGUGAAGCUUCGAAGAAAGCUGGAACAAUACAUUGCACUGCAGAAAAUCCAUUCUCGAAUGGGCCAAGGAGGAUGGCCUCUCCUCCUGUGCCUGUUUGAAGGGGAUCCAAAUGUCAUCCUGAUGGUGUGGGAAUACGUAAGGGAAGCUCCUCCUGUGCCUGUUGUUGUGUGUGAAGGAACAGGCAGGGCAGCGGAUCUCCUGGCAUUUACCCAUAAACACACUGCAGAUGGUGGGAAAUUAUAUCCUGGUUUAGAAGUUGAACUGAUAUUGAUGAUCCAGAAGACCUUUAAUUUUGGACAGAAGCAAUCAGAUCAUUUAUUUAAAAUUCUGAUUGAAUGUAUGGAGCACAGAGAAUCGAUUACAAUCUUUGAUGCAGAUUCAGAGGAACAGCAGGACAUUGACCUGGCAAUCUUAACUGCUCUCCUCAAAGGUACAAAUACUUCUGCAUCAGACCAGCUAAGUUUGGCACUGGCAUGGGACAGAGUGGACAUUGCCAAGAGAAACAUUUUGGUUUAUGGGCAACACUGGAAGGUGGGUUCAUUGGAACAGGCGAUGCUUGAUGCUUUAUUAAUGGACCGGGUGGACUUUGUGAAACUACUGAUUGAGAAUGGAGUGAGCAUGCAUCGCUUUCUCACCAUCUUCAGGCUCGAGGAACUCUACAACAUGAAACAAGGGCCAACUAAUCUUUUGUUGCAUCACUUGGUUCGAGACAUGAAGCAGAGCAAUCUACCACCUGGUUACAAGAUUACCUUGAUCGAUAUUGGUUUAGUGUUGGAAUAUCUGAUUGGUGGGGCAUACAGAAGCAGCUAUACACGGAAAUCCUUCAGACUCCUCUAUAACAGCCUUUACAGACAGCACAAGCGAGUUGGCCGGAUUGGUGUAACCAGUUUCACUCAAAGCUGGAACCUGAACAGAGAACAAACUUCCAGAAUGGGCAGUGGCGAGCAGAGGCUACACUCCCAGUUCAUUCGAACAGCCCAACCAUACAAACGCAAGGAUAAAUCUGUUUCACUUUGUAAGUUAAAAAAGAAGCAAAAGGAUGAUCUAAGAUUUUCAGAGGAUCACGAUUCUGCAGGCUUCAUUUACCCCUAUAAUGACCUGCUGGUGUGGGCGGUGCUGAUGAAACGGCAGCGGAUGGCCUUGUUCUUCUGGCAACAUGGUGAAGAAGCCACGGCAAAGGCGUUGGUGGCCUGCAAACUGUACAGAGCAAUGGCUCAUGAGGCUAAGCAGAGUACCAUGAUGGAGGAUACCUCAGAACAGCUAAAGCAAUAUUCCAAGGAAUUUGGCCAACUUGCUGUGGAUGUUUUAGACCAAGCAUUUAAACAGAAUGAGCGGAUGGCCAUGAAGUUACUGACCUACGAGCUGAAGAACUGGAGCAACUCCACUUGUCUGAAGCUGGCCGUGUCAUCAGGUCUUCGGCCCUUUGUUUCCCACACAUGCACUCAAAUGCUCUUGACUGACAUCUGGAUGGGACGCCUGAACAUGAGGAAGAACUCAUGGUUUAAGGUCAUUCUCAGCAUUCUUCUGCCUCCCAGCAUUCUGAUGUUGGAGUUUAAGAGCAGGGCUGAAAUGUCCCACAUCCCCCAGUCUCAGGAAUCGCACCAGUUUGCUCGGCAGUACAGUUUUCAAAACUCCAAUUCUGGCAAGGAUGACCAGCCUCCUAUGGAUUAUGACCCUGAAAGAGGAACAGAACAAUCCAAAGAAAGUCGAGAUGAGACCAUUGGUACAAGGCAAAGGGGUCUGCCUUGGACGAGAAAAGCCUAUGAAUUUUACAACGCACCAAUAGUCAAGUUCUGGUUCCACACGAUUGCCUACUUGAUAUUCCUAAUGCUGUUCACCUACGCAGUGUUGGUGAAAAUGGAGCCCGUGCCUAGUGUCCAAGAAUGGAUGGUCAUCAUUUACAUUUUCACAACUGCUGUGGAAAAAGGCAGAGAGAUCUUAAUAUCAGAACCAGGAAAAUUCAGCCGGAAGAUUAAAGUUUGGAUCCAAGAAUACUGGAACUUUAAUGAUUCUGUGGCUAUAAUUCUGUUUGCUGUUGGAUUUGGUUUACGUUGGGCUAAUCAGCCAUUGCAAAUUGCUGGAAGGAUUAUAUACUCCUUAGAUAUUAUAUUUUGGUUUGUGAGGCUUCUGGAUUUCUUUGCAGUUAAUCAACAUGCAGGACCGUACUUGACAAUGAUUGGAAAAAUGACAGCUAACAUGUUCUAUAUCGUGAUACUGAUGGCAAUUGUCCUUUUGAGCUUCGGGGUGUCAAGAAAGGCUAUACUUUCUCCAUCGGAACAACCUUCUUGGCGUCUUGCUCGGGAUAUUGUGUUCCAGCCUUACUGGAUGAUAUUUGGUGAAGUCUACGCUGGUGAAAUUGAUCCUUGUGAAGAAAAUCCAGAUUGUCCUCCUGGUUCAUUUCUUAAUCCAUUUCUUCAGGCAGUCUACCUGUUUGUACAAUACAUUAUACUGGUCAAUCUACUCAUCGCUUUCUUCAACAAUGUGUACUAUGAAAUAAAAUCCAUAUCGAAUAAACUGUGGAAAUAUAAUCGCUACCGCUACAUUAUGACUUAUCAUGAAAAGCCAUGGCUGCCUCCGCCACUUAUUAUCUUCAGUCAUGUGGCUUUGCUUUUGAGUCGAAUUUAUCAACAUCGAGUAAAAACUGAGGUGGAUCAAGAGGAAGAAGACUUUGGUUUAAAGUUGUAUCUGAGUAAGGAGGAGUUGAAAAAGCUUCAUGACUUUGAAGAACUGUGUGUUGAGAAAUACUUUCACGAGAAAAAUGAGCAUCUUCAUUCAAGUGACAACGAAAGAAUUAGAGUAACAACCGAAAGAGUGGAAGAAAUGGCUAUGCAUUUGAAGGAAGUAAAUGAGAAAGUUCACUUUGUCAAGGAAUCCUUGCACUCUUUGGACAGCCAACUUGGACACCUGCAGGACCUCUCGGCACUCACCGUGGACACUCUGAAAGUGAUCUCCGCCGUGGACAGUUUAAAAGUGGACGAGGCAUUCCUGGGGAAAAGCACAGAAAACACUGAUCAUCGAAAGUUGCCACAAAGCCACUCCAAUGAGAUUCAUUUGAACCCGUUAGACAAUGUUUCUGUUGAGCUUCAAGCAAAGGAAAAUUAUUACAGCAAUCCAUCUUCACUCUUUCAGAACUUGUGUUAUCACAAUACAGGUGUUGGAAAUGAAUCACCCGAAUCGGAAAAGCAGUGUGAUAGCUAUCCUACGUCAUACAUGGAUCAUAUUCUUCCUGAGCAAAAUGAAUUUGAAACUGCUACGGUCAUGUCCGUGGCAUCAUCUGAGCCCAUGUCACCUCAUAGAUGUGAACAGUUAUUCCUACUCCCCUCACCUCUUGAAAGCCCCAAGUAUACAGAGGUCCGCUUCAAUAUGUCACUUCCAAACAUUCCAACCUUGACCACGUUAAACCUGACAGCAGUUCAGAAGCAAGAUGAGGGUCCUUGUAAUAUCCCGUUGCCGCUCAGCUUUCAAAGGACAGUCCCCAAGCAUGAUGAAGCUGAAGAUUGUGAUGGCAAACAGUGGGAUGUUGGUCACGUGCGACCUCUGAGGACUGAUAAACUUUCAUUGAGUUCUCUGGCUCUUCCCGUUAUUAAUGAUGCUUCCCUGGUACCAACACACCACAGUGAUGGUGGUUACAUCAACUGGGCAUUCAAUGAAGAUGAUGAACAAGGGAUCUUUGGUGCAAGUUUAAAGAAUCAAAAUGUAAAGUGUGUGCAUUCUUUACACAAUGUAGACCGUUCUUAUGGGGAUGGUGGAUCAUGCCAUGCGCAUGUUAGAAAGUCUCGAUCCCUGUCAUGGAACUCAGACAUGUCUGAACGCAGCACGGAAUGUCUAGCAUCUUUCUCCAAACACAAAUCCAACAGUAUUUCCUACUGGAUAAAUCCACUGAGGAAACAGAGCUUCUCCCGAUGGAACAGCUUUAGAUGGAAGGUUCAAAAGGAAGAAAAUCCAUUGCGGAAAAGUAAAAUGAAAGCCUUUACAAAAUCAUCACAAUGUUACCACUCAAUAAGGUCAAAAACAAAGUCACAAAAUGACGAGAAAGCAUCUUCAAGAGAACAAAAGAAACUUCCAAAUCUGCAAGUACCGGUCAUCACCGUGGAUGGAUGCUCUCGGAAGAGUCUGGACUCUGAUCAACAAAGCUACGCUGGAAGUGAGAAGAACGUAGAAGAUAAAGAAACGAACACAAACUGGUUAACUGUUUCCACUUUCAACCAGAUCAGUUAUGAGGCAGACAGUUGUUCAAACGAAAAUGUUCACAAUCCAGAUACCAACACAUUAUCCAAGUCACACAGCGAGGUUUUGAGGACUUCAUUGGAGGAUUUGGCUGAAGGAUCGCUUUGGCAGAAUAGGAGUAAUUUAAGCAGGAAAUCCUCGUCAAAUUCAUGCAUUAUUGAUGGAUACGGUACCUCGUUUAAAACAUCUCAGGAUCUGAACUAUCAUUAUUCUGCUGUUGAAAGAAAUAAUUUAAUGAGGCUUGCCCAAACAAUACCAUUCACUCCAGUUGAUCUCUUUGCUGGUGAGGAGGUGACCGUCUACCAACUGGAGGAGAGUUCGUUGGUGAAUUUGGACACGAGCAUGUCAUCGUGGUCUCAGCGCGGCCUGGCGGCCAUGAUUCAUGUUCUCUCAAGGGAGGAAAUGGAUGGGGGUCUUCGCAAGGCUAUGAAAGUGUGCUGCACUUGGUCUGAAGAGGAUGUGCUGAAAACUGGGCAGACGUACAUCAUAAAGUCCUUCCAGCCCGAAGUUGUCAAAACCUGGCAGAUACUGUUUAGGGAAGGCACAGUGCUGCAUCUCUGUCUGAGGGAAAUUCAACAGCAAAGAGCCGCACAAAAACUAAUUCAUAGAUUCAAUCAAAUGAAGCCUCAAACUAUUCUUUACACUCCAAGGUUUCUGGAGGUUUUCCUAAUAUACUGCCAUUCUGCUGAUCAAUGGCUGACGAUGGAGAAGUACAUGAAUGGUCAGUUCAGAAAGUACAACAAUAACAAUGGAGAUGAGAUAAUCCCAACAAAUCUCAUGGAAGAGACCAUGCUGGCCUUUUCCCACUGGUCAUUUGAGUACACGAGAGGUGAACUCCUUGUGCUGGAUUUGCAAGGUGUUGGUGAAAAUCUUACGGAUCCAUCUGUUAUUAAAGCUGAGGAGAAAACGGCACAAAAUAUGGAGUUUGGACCAGCUAACCUUGGGGAAGGAGCAAUCAGAAACUUCACUGUGAAACAUCACUGCAAUUCCUGCUGCAAAAAGCUCAAGCUCCCAGAUUUGAGAAGAAAUUUUUACAACCCAGGAAAAAUAAACCCUCCAUUUGAAGACGAUGCCUUAGAAGUGAACACGCGAUUAUAAUUAUUAGCUUUAAAUAGUUUUAUAAUGAAGAAUUCCUGAACCUUUGAUUUAGUAUUGUCGAGUGCUUCCAUCAAAUGGAAUGUGUGAUGCCUCCUUAAUAGACCAUUAUCAGUUCCACUAUUGUGAUUUUGCCAUAGUUAAUAUUUUUAUGUUACAUUUAAUAUUUCUUUCACGUUAAACUAUGCAGCAUUCACUGCCAUUGGGAAGAAUCCUUCACAGAGAACUUUAGUUAUCAAUAUCUGUAAAUGGAACCAUUAAUUGGUCAAAAUAAUAUUGAUUUUAAUUGUAAACCAGUGCAUUUACAACAGAGAAUCUUUUGAUGAACUUAGUUAAUAAUAUUGAAGAACGUAAAUCAAAAAUCUAGAAACUGGGAUUGAUUACUGGGCAAAUUGUUCAACAAGAAUAUUUCCACAAAUUUGUUAUUGAAUGCUUUGAUACCACUUUUAGGUAUGUGUCAUUAUAUUUAUACACAACCCUCUCAUUCCACCCUUGACUACUUUAAAGGUUGGUGGUUCAGACAUCCAGAUUUUGGUCUAUUCCCAGAUUUCUACUACGUUUUUGUGAACAAAGUGACAGGUCAAGAGUUUAUCUGCUGAAUAAUGCUAACUGAAAGGUGGUCACGUCUUAUUUUCUGGAGAAUCCCCAGGAAUUUGUUACAAUACCUCUUGAGAUAAACAAUCCUACUUUAACCAUCUCAUUAUCCUCAUUAGCAGGUAUUAAUUCAUCCCAUGACAUAUUUAAUUAGAGCUAUGAAAUUCUAUAAGAAGCUCCACUUCUGGCAGAAACUGGUGGUUCCUCUUCCCCAGCCCUGUAUCGCACUUCUUACAACUAGAUAUUGUUAAACAGUUGCUAACUUACUAAUGGUAAAGUAAAAUCUACAGAUGCUGGAAAUACGUAAUAAAAACAGAAAAUGCUAGAAAUACUCAGCAACUGUGGAUAGUUAACAUUUCAGGCUGAUGAUCUUUUGUUAAAAUUAGGAAAGCUUAUAAAUCAAACGUUUGAAGUUGCAAUGAAGGAGAAAAGUGGAAAGAACGAAAGGGAAUUCAGUGAUAUUUUGAAGAGUCCAAAGCAGAUGUUAAGACCUCAGUUUGAAUAUGAACGGACCUAGUAAUGAUCAAUUCAGAGUUUCUAUCUAAAAGGUAUCUGCUGUAAAUGCAGCUGAAUUUAUCAACCAGCUGUGCAUGUAGACUACACCAUUGGUUUUAUUUUCCUGCUUCCAUUAUCCAGUCUCUGGAUGCUUUCAAGAGAGAGCUAGAUAGGGCUCUUAAAAAUAGCGGAGUCAGGGGAUAUGGGGAGAAGGCAGGAACGGGGUACUGAUUGAGGAUGAUCAGCCGUGAUCACAUUGAAUGGCGGUGCUGGCUUGAAAGGCUAAAUGGCUACUCCUGCACCUAUUGUCUAUUGUAUAAAGGUGAUAUAAAAUAUAAAAUAUUCAGUUUCCAAAAUACCAAUUGUUUAAUGAUCCUCCUGUGACCAUAAACCUAAAAUGUUUCUAAAACAGCUGAUUGACUCAACGGAGCAACCAGCAAUGUUUGGAUUGUAACAGGAAGAUCUGAGUACACAAGGCGGAGUUGAAUUGAAUAGAAUCAUAGAGGCCCAGUGGAACUAGAAACAGGCCCUUCGACCCAACUUGCCCACACCGACCAACAUGUCCCAUCUACACUAGUUCCAUCUGCCUGCGUUUGGCCCAUAUCCCUCUAAAACUAUUUUAUCCAUGUACCUGUCUAAAUGUUUCUUAAACGUUGCAAUAGUACCUCCCUUGACUACCUGUUAUGGCAGCUUGUUCCAUGCACCCACCAGCUUUUGUGUAAAAGAAAAAAUACCCCUCAGGUUCCUAUUAAAUAUUUUUCUCAUCACCUUAAACCUCUGUCCUCUGGUUCUCAAUUUCCCUAAAUCUGGGCUAGAAACCGUGCAUUUAUGUGAUCUAUUCCUCUUGUGAUUUUGUAUUCUUCUACAAAUUCACCCCUCAUCCUCCUGCGCUCCAAGGAACAAAGUCUUAGCCUGCUCAACCUCUCCCCAUAGCUCAGGCCCUCGAGUCCUGGCAACAUCCUCAUGAAAUGGAAAAUAGUUCAGAUCUAUCUGUUGCUAAAGGACCAAAUCAUUUGUUGAGCCUCUCCUUUGAGAAAAGAACAUACGUGGCUGUGGCUGUACCCAUCUCACCUGCCGCAGCAGAUUUGUGUGCGUAAUUGGUAGAAGUUCAGCUCUUGUCACAACCAUUAGGAUAAAGAACUUUAAAUAAUGUAUAUAGAGAUGUAAAUGUAAUAAAAAAUAAAUCUAAAACUUUUUAUUUUAUUUGACCGCUUCAGAUCCCAAAAAUGAAAAUCGAGGCGAUCUUAUCACAGAUUUUUAAUGAGCCAUUAUGAGAAUUAUAGUAUAUAAUUUAAGGAAAUAUAUUUUUCAACGUGUUCUAUUCAUCAUCCACUAUUCACCCACAGAAGAUCAAUGGAAACAUCAUAGAAACCACACAUUAAGUUUAAACAAUCUUAGAAACAUAGAAACAUAGAAAAUAGGUGCAGGAGUAGGCCAUUCGGCCCUUCGAGCCUGCACCGCCAUUCAAUAUGAUCAUAGCUGAUCAUCCAACUCAGUAUCCUGUACCUGCCUUCUCUCCAUACCCCCUGAUCCCUUUAGCCACAAGGGCCACAUAUUUAAGAGGGAGCCACAACUCCCUCUUAAAUAUAGCCAAUGAACUGGCCUCAACUACCUUCUGUGGGAGAGAAUUCCAGAGAUUCACCACUCUCUGUGUGUGAAAAAAGUUUUCCUCAUCUCGGUCCUAAAAGAUUUCCCCUCAUCCUUAAACUGUGACCCCUUGUUCUGGACUUCCCCAACAUCGGGAACAAUCUUCCUGCAUCUAGCCUGUCCAACCCCUUAAGAAUUUUGUAAGUUUCUAUAAGAUCCCCCCUCAAUCUUCUAAAUUCUAGCGAGUACAAACCGAGUCUAUCCAGUCUUUCUUCAUAUGAAAGUCCUGACAUCCCAGGAAUCAGUCUGGUGAACCUUCUCUGUACUCCCUCUAUGGCAAGAAUGUCUUUCCUCAGAUUAGGAGACCAAAACUGUACGCAAUACUCCAGGUGUGGUCUCACCAAGACCCUGUACAACUGCAGUAGAACCUCCCUGCUCCUAUACUCAAAUACUUUUGCUAUGAAUGCUAACAUACCAUUCACCUUCUUCACUGCCUGCUGCACCUGCAUGCCUACUUUUAAUGACUGGUGUACCAUGACACCCAGAUCUCGUUGCAUCUCCCCCUUUCCUAAUCGGCCACCAUUCAGAUAAUAAUCUACUUUCCUAGUUUUUCCCACCAAAGUGGAUAACCUCACAUUUAUCCACAUUAUACUGCAUCUGCCAUGUAUUUGCCCACUCACCCAGCCUAUCCAAGUCACCUUGCAGCCUCCUAGCAUCCUCCUCACAGCUAACACUGCCCCCCAGCUUCGUGUCAUCUGCAAACUUGGAGAUGUUGCAUUCAAUUCCCUCGUCCAAAUCAUUAAUAUAUAUCGUAAAUAGCUGGGGUCCCAGAACUGAGCCUUGCGAUACCCCGCUAGUCACAGCCUGCCAUUGUGAAAAGGACCCGUUUACUCCUACUCUUUGCUUCCUGUCUGCCAGCCAGUUCUCUAUCCACAUCAAUACUGAACCCCCAAUACCAUGUGCUUUAAGUUUGUAUAAUAAUCUCUUAUAUGGGACCUUGUCGAAAGCCUUCGGAAAGUCCAGAUAUAACACAUCCACUGGUUCUCCCUUAUCCACUCUACUAGUUACAUCCUCGAA